GCGAACCUGUUCGAUCGUUACGUUUGUCGCGUUACGGUUCGAUAAAGUGCGAUUUUAUUCGUGAAAUGUUUUAAUAAAAGCCUUCUGCUUGGCCUUAAACCGUGGUAAUGCAAAACGCGUUUACGGCAGUGAAACGUUAAGUGUAAAAUAGCUUAAGCAAUUCUGAUUUUUUCUUCGGUAUGUCAGAAGGCGAGGCAACAGCGUCGCAGAAGAAACAGCAGCCAUUUCAGCAACAGCCACAACUUGGAGUAGGCUCAAUGGCGAACAUGGCAUGGCAAUAUCCUUCGCCAAACAGUAUCCACAACAUGUUUCCUCCAUACUCGGGACAAUUGUAUGGACCUGGGUAUCAAGGUGUACCUCAUCAAGGGCAAAUAUUUAAUUAUUAUCAUGCAAUGAUGCCAGGGUAUGGACAACCUUUUACUCCACAGCAGAUACUACAGCAACAGCAACAACAACAGCAGCAACAGCAGCAGCAGCAACAACAACAACAGCAGCAGCAGCAGCAGCAGCAGCAGGGCAACAGUCAAGGAAAACAGCUUCAUCAACAACCACCUGUACCUGGAACACCAAUGUCAUUGGAUGACGAUGCCGACCUUCCCCCUUUACCACCUGGGCCACCACCGUCGAUGCAGAUCUUACAACAGCACAAUAAUCAAAUACAACCACUGAUGCAGUCCCAUCCAGGAUAUGUGUACAACUCGUUUCCAUAUGGUAAUUGGAAUGGAAUGCACGGGGAUGUGUCGCAAUAUAAUAAUCAAAUUCGUUUCAAUGCGCAAAACAAGAAAAACGGCUUGGCGUUUACUCCGUCUGGCAAUAGUGGAGCUGCAAAGAAAAAACGUAAGCGGAACAAAAACUUAGCGGCUCAAUUCAACAAUAGCUUUCAGGCGAAUAGUCCAACAACGAAUUUCGUACCUGGUCCCAAUUUGAAGACCGAAUUACCACCCUUACCCCCCGCGCAGCGUGAAGUAGCAGCUCCUCCUCCACCGACCGAGGAAACUCCCACUCCUACUACACCUGUUACUACAACUGCUAAUACAACUCCUAGUGCUGGUAGCCCAGCGGUAGGUACUUCCUCUGUCAUGACAACUGCCAGUCCAGUUGGAGAUUGGCCCGAUAGCUUGAAGAACUACGUAAACAGAUGUUACGAAAAGUGUAAAACAGCGGUCGACAAGGAUCAAGUUGAGAUUAUAUUGAAAGGAAAAAUUACACGUGCUGCGAACGAUGGCUCGCUUUGGGUGAAGGACUGGGACCAAGAGCCUCUGCCUAGCAUUCACAGCGAACGUAUGACUAUGACGAUAAAGCCUCAAAAACCAGCGUUAAAGUUAAAUAAUUUGGCGAAUCCGCUAAUGAAUGCACAGGGAGGCUUGCGCAAGCCAGGUCUCUCUACUUCUCUCGGGGCUCGGCUUGGCGCGCGCCUCUCUGUGAAUCACAAACGGUCGAGGUCGAGGUCAAGAACUAGAUCAAGAUCAAGGUCGAAGUCGCGGUCGAGGUCGAGAUCGAAGUCAAGGUCGCGUUCGAAUACACGUAGUCCACCAUCCCGAAAGUACAGGCGUAGUACGUCGUCUUCGUCCAACGUUAGUGAUCGGGAGCAUGAUUAUAAGUCGUUAAAAACCAAAAAGUCUACUAAAAACAAACAAAAUCACAGCGGGAAGAAAACGAAGAAGACUAAACAGAUGAAAUCACAUUUCUAUUCAGAGUUUGGUUUAGCUACAGGCAACACUGAGGAGCUAGGGUCCAAGGAGAAAUUGCAGCAACGCGCUGCAAGAUUUAACGACAGUAUUUCUAGGACGGUCAGCAAUGGUGUUAAAGAUGAUUCCUCUGGUGACUUUGAUUUCACUGGACUUCACAUUGUUGGGAUAUGCAAGGACAUAGAGAAGCCUUACUUGCGUCUGACGUCUGCUCCAGCUCCCUCCGCUGUACGACCGGUAAGUGUACUCCAAAAUUCUUUGGCACAUGUCAAGAAGCGCUGGGUGGCUGAACAAGACUAUAGAUAUGCUUGUGAUCAACUUAAAUCUAUUCGUCAAGACCUUACCGUCCAAGGUAUAAGAGAUGCAUUUACAGUCCAUGUAUAUGAAACACACGCCCGCGUAGCUUUAGAAAAAGGUGAUCACGAAGAGUUCAAUCAGUGUCAGACACAGUUGAGGAUGCUGUAUCAAGAUGUUGGUGGAGAAAAUCGGUGUGAAUUCAUCGCAUACCGGAUAUUGUAUUAUAUUUUUACAAAAAAUACUCAAGAUUUAACAACUAUUUUAGCAGCAUUGUCCAAGGAGGACAAGAACGAUGAGUGCAUAAAGCACGCAUUGAAAGUACGUUCUGCAUGGUGGUUGGGUAAUUUCCAUGCCUUUUUCAAAUUGUACACAUCUGCUCCAAGAAUGGCGGCUUUCCUGAUGGACUGGUUCGCUGCAAGAGAACGCAAGAAUGCAUUGAAGUGCAUGAUAAAGUCCUACCGACAAAAUUUGGCGGUUGAUUUCGUCGUAGCAGAAUUGGCCUUUGAAUCUUUGGACAAGUUUUAUGAAUUUGUCAAUGAAUUGGGAUUGGUUUAUGCUGAUCCUGAACAACAUCUUAUCGACUGCAAGACAAGCAGUGGUUCUCUAGGUGCUUGGUAAAGCAACAUGACACUCCCCUUUUUUCGUGGAAGAUGCAUAACAAAGCCAUUGUCGUGCACACUCUAUGCACAAGCCUUGCCCGUGUGUGUAUAUGCAUAUGUUUCCCAGUAUAAUAUGCGUAUGUGACUGAUACAUACAUACGCAUAUGCAUGUGCAUAUAUCAUGAUACACGUUGCCCUAUUACGAUGAUUCUUCUUACUAUCCUCUUGAAAUCAUUGUUCUUCGUUGAUCGACCCGAAUUAGUCGAGCAACAACUUGUAAAUGAAAAUUCUCCCUACAUUAAUUUGUACAUAUAUCUCAAUCUCAGCCCAAAUGUUUGUAUACAUAACCGCCAGCGAAGAAUUUCUCAUGGGCUAGCAAAAAGUGUACAAAGAAUAGGGUGAUUGUUUCGGUCAUCCACAACUACCUCAGCAACACUCGGUAUGAAACCGAGGCUCGUAUUGAAUCGAAAAGAAAUUUCAAAAACAAAAAAUAAAAAAAAAGGAAGCGAUAAAUCCUCUUCAAAAAAAUUCUUGUUUGGUGGAACUUUGAAUUCUUCGAUAACAGCUAAGUCCCUCUCUUCGUUAAUGUAUCGUUACGUGUUUUUAUGCCCGUAUCUGGUGAUCGUAAGCGUCUUUUUAAACACUUGUCCACAACAUGGAACUGGAAUCUUUUAACCAAUUGCCGAUCUUUUCGCCGAACGAGACUACUUUAUCGCUACUUCGAAGGAGAACUUCCGUGCCCAUGGAUUUACUAUCGUAGUCACGCGUUGAAGGAAAAUGCAAUGGUCGUCGCCCCUUGUUUGAACGCGAAGAGUACUUGGAGUUGGUUGAGCAGGCACGUAGCAGAAGAACAUGACGCGCUAGACAUGAUAUUCGAGGGCUUCUCAAUGGGACGUUGCGGGUUUGAAAGGAAACUGGCACACUCAUUGCCAAGGCGAUAGAGAAGAAUACGAAGAAAUCCAAGAUGGAGGCCAGCGAGUUUGUGCCUUUAUUGUUAAAACGAUACAAGGCAUCGACUCCGUGGAAGUAUUCGACGUUACACGUGUUAGAAAAUCGACAGUUGGAACAUUCAAUGGGACUGGUUUAUUGGCAUCAAAUGCUAUUCGCGUGUGAUGAGUGAUUUAUUUUUAUCUUUUUAAGUGUUUACCGCGGGACAAUAUUUUUUUCCCUUCGGUAGUACGUUAUCGAUUCUCGAUUAUUGAGAAUUUUAUCUCUAUGCACCAAGUACAGGGGUACAAGGUCAUUACUGAAGGAAGAAAAGACAAUUCAUUGUACGACCGCAUUCGAACAUAGGUGUUGUGCAUAAUAAAUUAUUUAAUUUUUGAAUGUUA